UUUGAGCUGUGCCGAGGCUUCAGAGGAGGAGAGAUGUUUAUUCAGCUGCUGAAUGAAGGAGAGGAUGAACACAGUGAGAGGAGCCACUCGGUGAAUCAAUGAACGGAACCCGACCUGGGCUCAUCCUGCUAACACGGAACCGGUUGUGGACCUCACUCGGUGCUGAGCUGACCCUGAAGGAGUGAUCAGUUUUAAGUUUUGCUGUUUUAGUAACAAUGGCUCCUGCAGCGAUGUCUGCCCCUACAUCUGCCUUCAUCUCAUCGUGUUUCUCCUCCUCCUCCUCUUCGCUGCUCCUCCUCUCCCUGGUUGUGCUGCUCCCAUCCGGUCCGACUCUGGUCCACGCAGAUUCUUCGGGGAACUGUACGGCCAGCGGAGACCCCUGUCAGGAAGGAGUCGUACUUCCCGUGUGGAACCCCCAGAACCCCUCUGUUGGAGAUAAAGUGGCACGGGCAAUUGUUUACUUUGUGGCACUUAUUUACAUGUUCCUGGGCAUGAGCAUCAUAGCGGAUCGGUUCAUGUCAUCCAUAGAGGUCAUAACGUCACAAGAGAAGGAGAUCACCAUAAAAAGGCCGAACGGUGAGACCACGACGGCCACGGUCCGAAUCUGGAACGAAACCGUUUCUAAUCUGACUCUGAUGGCUUUGGGCUCAAGCGCCCCCGAGAUCCUGCUGUCCGUCAUCGAGGUGUGCGGUCACGGUUUCGAGGCCGGGUCUCUGGGUCCGAGCACCAUCGUGGGCAGCGCCGCCUUCAACAUGUUCAUCAUCAUCGCCCUCUGCGUGUACGUGGUUCCCGACGGAGAAACGAGGAAGAUCAAACACCUGCGGGUGUUCUUCGUCACUGCGGCGUGGAGUGUCUUCGCCUACAUCUGGCUCUACAUGAUUCUGAGCGUGAUUUCCCCUGGAGAGGUGGAGGUGUGGGAGGCUGUGGUCACCUUCCUCUGCUUCCCCCUCUGCGUGGUCCAAGCCUGGGUGGCUGACCGACGUCUUCUCUUCUACAAGUAUGUCCGCAAGCGCUACCGUGCCAACAAGCACCGCGGCAUCAUCAUCGAGACAGAAGGAGACGGAGGGAUUGGUGGCAUGGAUGGAGGAGGAGGAGGAGGAGCGCUGGGUCCGGGAGGAUUCACCAAGAUGGAUAUGCUGGAGCUAGACGGACAGAUCGCUCUGAACUGCCACAGCGGCAUGGAUGGAGGGAUGAUGGUGGAGGGUGGAAAGGAUGAGGAUGAUGAGGCCAGGAGGGAGAUGGCGAGGACACUGAAGGAGCUGAAGCAGAGGCACCCAGACAAGGACAUGGAGCAGCUGAUUGAGAUGGCUAAUUAUCAGGUUCUGAUGCAGCAGCAGAAGAGCCGAGCGUUUUACCGCAUCCAGGCCACCAGGAUGAUGAUCGGCGCCGGCAACAUCCUGAAGAAGCACGCCGCCGACCAGGCCCGUAAGGUGGUGAGCAGCAAUGAGACUCAGACUCAGGAGGACGACCCUCACACCAUCAGGAUGGAGUUUGAACCCGCUUUGUACCAGUGCUUCGAAAACUGCGGCUCCCUGAAUCUGACCGUUGCCCGACAUGGCGGAGACCCCGGGGUUACUGUCAAAGUGGAUUAUCGCACAGAGGACGGUACAGCCAACGCAGGCUCAGAUUAUGAGUUUGCCGAAGGAACGCUUCUGUUUAAGCCUGGAGAGACCCUCAAAGAGGUUACCGUCGGCGUCAUCGACGACGACAUCUUUGAGGAGGAUGAGUAUUUCUACGUGCACCUGAGUAACCCUCGUGUGGUCGGCUGUCCCGAGGUCGGCGCCGCCCCACUGGAUGCCAGCGCUACCCCGAAAGCCGUGCUGGGAGAUAACCACACAGCCACAGUGACCAUUUAUGACGACGACCACGCAGGCAUCUUUACGUUCGAGGGAGCCAGUCAGAGGGUGAGUGAAAGCGUUGGCGUGAUGGAGGUGAAGGUUCUCCGGACCUCAGGGGCCCGAGGUCUGGUAGCCGUCCCUUAUCGGACCGUGGAUGGGACAGCUAAAGGAGGGGAGGACUACGAAAUGGCUACUGGAAAGCUGGAGUUUCAGAAUGAUGAGACCAUGAAGGUAAUUGAUGUGAAAAUCAUUGACGACGAGGAGUAUGAGAAGAACAAGACCUUUACAAUUGAGCUUGGAGAGCCUGUUCUGCUGGAGAUCGGACAGAAACACGGUGACUCCAACGAGAACAAACCACUAGUGGGAGCAGAGGAGGAAGAGGUGGCCAAGAUGGGCUGUCCCAGUCUGGGUGAACACUCCCAGCUGGAGGUGAUCAUAGAGGAGUCCUACGAGUUCAAGAAAGCAGUAAAUACUCUUCUUAGGCAUGCUGAAAAGAAUACUGUAGAUAAGUUGAUCAAGAAGACAAACCUGGCCUUGGUGGUGGGGAGCAGCAGCUGGAGGGAGCAGUUUGUCAAUGCCGUCACCGUCAGCGCAGGAGAUGAUGACGAGGAGGAGAGUGGCGAAGAGCGGCUACCUUCCUGCUUCGACUACAUCAUGCACUUCCUCACCGUCUUCUGGAAGGUCCUCUUUGCCUUUGUCCCGCCCACAGAGUACUGGAAUGGCUGGGCCUGCUUCUUCGUCUCCAUAGCACUGAUCGGGGUCCUCACCGCCGUCACCGGUGACCUGGCGUCACACUUCGGCUGCACGAUAGGACUGAAGGACUCCGUGACGGCCGUGGUCUUUGUGGCUUUGGGGACAUCGGUACCAGAUACUUUUGCCAGUAAGGUCGCAGCCAUCCAGGACCAGUACGCCGACGCCUCCAUCGGCAAUGUCACCGGUUCCAACGCCGUCAACGUCUUCUUGGGCAUCGGUGUGGCGUGGACCAUUGCUGCCAUCGCCUGGCGCUCUAAGGGCGAGCCUUUCAAGGUGGACCCGGGGAACCUGGCCUUCUCCGUCACCCUCUUCACCAUCAUGGCCGUGUUGUGCGUGCUGACGCUUCUCUACCGCCGCCGGCCGUCGGUGGCCGGAGGUGAGCUGGGCGGGCCACGGACUUGCAAGUUGCUAACGUCGCUGCUGUUCGUCUCGAUGUGGCUGAUCUACAUCCUGCUGGCUUCCAUGGAGGCCUACUGCCAUAUACAAGCAUUCUAGAUGGAGUUGAGAAGAGAGAGACAUAAUGCUGGUUCGAUGGAGGAGGGAAACCAUAAAACUUUAUUUGAAAAUGGACUUAAUGUCAUUCAACUCUUCCCCGCCGCUACCCCAAAUAAUAGGAGUGUUCACCCUCAUGAGAAACAAUUACUCCCCAACAAUGUUGAAACUAAUUAUUCUUGUCUAUGAAAGAUGCUCUUUGAACCAUGAAGGCCCUCCAGUGUGUCAAGGAAAGCCUUGAAACAGUGCUUGUAUUAUCAGAGAAAUGCAGUUGUUUCACUAUAAAGCCAAGCCAGCUGCAGAGGAGAUAAUCAGCGGAGCUUCGAAGAAGAAAAAUGCAGAGCCGAGGAAGGACAAAGGUCAGAGAUAAAUCUACAAAAGUCAACAACAAAACCAGAGAGAAGAGAAAGUCCUGCUGCGGCAGAAUAAAAGAGGACGAGGAGCGGGGUUAGAGGAGAUAAACUGAGCUGCGGGUUACCUCUUCAGCCUCUCCUGCCCUCUCUUUCUUCACAGCGCCUUGCAAAAGGGCAGACCCGUUGGAUUUUGCUUUCACAUUUUCUCGCGUUACAGCCGAGAACCUUCAACACUUUUCAUAUAGAUUUGAUGUGAUAAACCAACUCAAAGUACUGUUUAAUUGAGUUAUUUUGUGUGUUUCCUGUCUGGAAAUAAGAAUUGUCUUAACAACAAAAAGAGCCCAACUAAUUGAGAAGUUAAAGGCAAUAAACUAUAAAUAUCUGAAAAGUGUGGCACGCAUUUGUAUUCCCUUACUGAGUCGAUACUAGGACGACUUUAACCUGCAAUAAACGGCUGCGGGUGUUUUGGGGAAUGUCUCUGCCAGUUCAGGUCCCCAAGAGACUGAACGUUUUGUCCAUUAACAAAACAGCGGAGGCUCACUGAGAUUGGAUGGAGAGCAUGUGUGCACAUCAGUUUGCAGAGGUCGCUACAGAUUCUAGAUCAGAUUUAGGUCUAGUCUUUGACUGGUCCAUUUUAACAUUAUCAUGCUUUGAUUUUUUUUUAUUUUUCUUAACCCAGUACACCACAGCUCUGGCUGCAUGUUGUCUUGUUGACAGAUUCU